AUUCUGUAAUCUUUUUGUUUAACACAAAUCCUUCAUUCUCUCUCCCUCUCCUUCUUCUUCUCCUCCCUCCUCCCUCCUCUAUCAGAAAACCUCAAAUUUAGUCAAUCAGAAUCCCAGAUGUUGUUAUCUUCUUCUUCCUCCUGAAGAUUUGAUUUGAUUUGGUUUCUCUCCCCCUCCCCCUUUUCAGAUCCCUAUUCCCAUGGCUUCUGGAUCUUACUGGUGUUACAGCUGUAGCCGAUUCGUUUGGGUUUCCGAUUCAAUCUCUUGCCCUGAUUGCGACGGUGGUUUCCUCGAACACAUCCAGGAAUCUCUGGAUUUCACACCUUCCGAUUCAUUCCACCGUGUCACCACUACUAGUCAACAUCGCAGCCCCACUCGCUUCCCUCUUCCCUCUUCUUCAUCUAUGCACGCUUCCACCGCCGAGAACAGUCCCACUCCCACCAGCGUGACUCGUACUCGGAGCAAUCGAUCUCCUAAUCCGGUUAUUGUUCUCCGUGGAUCUGGUGGUCCUUCUGAUGUCUCCGAAGGUUUAGAUCGGUCUGCUUUUCAGAUGUAUUACGAUGAUGGUACUGAUUCUGGUCUUAGACCUUUACCACCGAGUAUGACUGAGUUUUUGCUUGGUUCUGGAUUCGAUCGGUUGUUAGAUCAGAUCUCUCAGAUCGAGCUUAACACCAAUCGUAACAAUCGUUCUUGUGAGCAUCCGCCUGCUUCUAAAUCGGCCAUUGAAGCUUUGCCUCUCAUCGAAAUCGACCCCAAUCAUCUCCAGUCUGAUUCUCAAUCUCACUGCGCUGUUUGUAAAGAGAAUUUUGUUUUGAAAUCGUCCGCUCGUGAGAUGCCCUGUAAUCACAUCUAUCAUCCUGAUUGUAUCCUUCCUUGGCUUGCGAUACGAAACUCUUGUCCGGUUUGCCGUCACGAGCUGCCGCCGGCAGAGGAUAUUAGUGAUGGAAGCACCGGUGGUGCUUUGACUGUUACUGCUUCCGCGGAGGAAGAGGAAGACUCUGCUGCGGGGUUAACGAUUUGGAGGUUACCAGGUGGAGGAUUCGCUGUAGGGAGAAUCCCCGGUGGUUGGAGGGGAGGAGAUAGAAUGAUGCCGGUUGUUUACACGGAGGUUGACGGUGGUAGACUCGGCGAUGAGAGACUUCCGAGAAGAGUAGCUUGGGGUUCGAGGAGAGGAGGAAGAGAUGGGAGUAGUAGAGAGAGAGGUGGCGGGUUCGCGGGUCGGAUCAUGAGGCUUUUUGGAUGUUUUAGCGGGUCAUCUGGAUCCAUUGCUGCUGCAGCAUCGUCCGGGUCUGGGUCGAGAAUUCGGGUUACCCGUAGGACGAGGUCGUUCUCUCUGUUUAAUACGUCGUCUUCGUCAAGGAGACGAAAUUGGCUAGCCUGAUUAGUAGAGUUAUCGUCCCCGGACCUCUCUCAGCUAUAACCUUCGAAGUUCGAACUGCAGCACAACAAACCAAUAAUACAUAAUAUACCUAGAGGCUAUAGAAGAAUCUCUCAUAAAGCGACCAAUUUAGUUUGAUGAGUGAGGUGAGGUCAAUAACUACAGCAAACGUGAAGAGAGAAAAAAGCAAUAAUAGAGUUUUUAAUACAACGCAUCUGAUGAUGCUGUCGUUUAUUGGAGACAGGCUUUGUAAUGUAGCCAUUAUUUUUCAUUAUUAGGUUUUGUUUAUGCUGCCCUUUUUUGUUUCCUAUGUCAAAUGCAAUCUUACUGUUAUCACAGUAAUGAAACUGAAUUUUGUUUUCUA